CCGAGGCGGCAGGGGCGGGAGCGCGCGUCCGUGGCGGGAACGGGAGCGCGCACAAUAGGCGUGGUGGUAGAGCAACUUCAGCAGUUCCAAGAGCGGCGCGGCGAGGCUCCAGGACCAGACAUGGCGAACGCGGGUUUCCAGAUGCUGGGCUUUGCCCUGGCGCUACUGGGCUGGGUGGGGGUGAUCACCAGCACGGCGCUGCCCCAGUGGAGGACCUCGUCCUAUGCCGGAGACAACAUCGUCACCGCCCAGGCCAUCUACGAGGGGCUGUGGAAGUCGUGCGUGGCCCAGAGCACCGGGCAGGUGCAGUGCAAGGUGUACGACUCCAUGCUGCAGCUCGGCGGCACUCUACAGGCUACACGAGCACUAAUGAUCAUCAGCAUCUUGCUGGGAGGCCUGGCGCUGUUGAUUGCUGUCGCGGGAAUGAAGUGCACGACCUGCUUAGCGGACGAUGAGGUGAAGAAGGCGAAGGUUGCAGGCGCUGGCGGAGUGUUCUUCAUCAUCUCAGGGCUCAUGGCACUGAUCGCCACUGCUUGGUUUGGACACAACAUCGUGCGGGAGUUCUAUGACCCCUUCACUCCAGUCAACACUCGGUUUGAGUUUGGCAAGGCUCUCUUCGUUGGCUGGGCAGCGGCAGCUCUCUCCAUGCUCGGAGGAGCCUUCCUCGCCUGUUCUUGCGCCAAAGGAGGGUCGUCGGACCGCCCCUACCCCCGCUCCAAUCCGUCUGCCGCUAAGAACUACGUGUAAGCUGUCCCGGAGUGGUGCCGCUCCCCAUGGAGUGAACGCGAGCAGCUGGGCACAGAGCGGGGCUGGGCAUCGCCCUUAAUGCUGGUCCCUGCCUGAGGCAGGGCGGGCACGGGGGGCAUCAUCUGUGAGGGCAUCGCUGUGGGAUUGGACACCGGACAAACCUUCACCACUGCACAUGGCCACCCUCCCAACAGCAGGCAGGACAGAUGUGACCCAGUCUGCUCCCUGCCCUGUCCUUGUCCUUGUCCAAUCUCACUCGCGAUACCUUCAUUAUACAUAUAGUAUUGUCUUUUUCAUUUCAAGUAUUCGUAAGUAAUUGUUAGUUUCUUUAUUUAGCGUAGGUUUUAAAGCUUUGCUGCAACAUGUAAGACGUGGACCUCCUACCUCGGGAGGUCUGUGUGGUGGGGACGAUGUCAGCGCUUGGUCUAAUGUCACUGGCUGGUGGGUUCCUGUCUGUUUCAUUGCUGCGGUGGUCCGGGCAGAGUGAACCCCGAGACCUCCCUCCACCCUGACCGGGAUUGAGUGGCCUCAUCCCAGUUUCCCAGACCAAGCUUUUGCUUUAGUAUCUCAACAAAUGGCUGUGAAACAUCAGUGUGAUGGGAUGGACACAAAGUGCCGGAGUAACUCAGCGGGUCAGGCAGCAUCUCUGCCAAACACAGAUAGGCAACGUUUCGGAUCGGACUGAUCAGUCUGAAGAAAGAUCCCAAAACGUCACCCAUCCAUGUUCUCCGGGGACGCUGUUGACCACUGAGUUACUCCAGCAUUUUGUGUAAACCAGCAUUUUAUUUCUACUCCUCGAGGGGUUGGGGUCAUUUGGGUUGUUUACGCUGGGUGAGAGGACCAUGGGGCUCCUCCCAACACAUAUUGACCUGUUCUGCUGACACACGUGGAUUCCAUGUCCGCUGAGGCUGGGUCAGAAGACACGAGUGGCACUGAAACAUCCUGGUGCAGACAGCCAGCGGGAGAAUCCGUGGACUGGCGGUUCACACACGAACAAUUGUUUCUGCAUCGAGUCACAGUCACUUAAUGAUCGGUCAAUGCGGCUGGUUCAACACUCAGUGCAUCUGGUCCAAAAGAUUCUCCCUGAAUUCUUUCUGUUACUUCAAAAGUGUUUAGAACCCAUCAACUUUUUCAACAAACUAAACAAAUGCUGACUGCCACUGCGGCAUAUCCCUGCGGUAAGAUGUCGCCACACUGCCAGUGUGCCCACUCACUCAGCUGCCAGCUGUGGGUGCAGACACUUCCAACUUCUCCCCUGCCUCAGACAUCUCAUGGUUCUCUAUAAACCCUCCCUUCUGUCUAUGCUGCCAGGCCGUUGGCUUUUAUAUUUUGCUUGUUCAAUGGAUUUUACAAUAAAUAAGUCGCCAUUUAUACCACA